ACAGACACGCAUUGAUAGUGACGAGUAGUUGUUUCUCUCUCUUUGCAUUCUCCGCCCAAUUCCCAAUUUUAAUUCCCCCCUCCCUUCCUAUUUUCCCUCUCCUCCAUUCCUUUCCGAUCUCCAUUUUCUCCACAUUUCAAUUUUUCUUCAUUCUCCAUGCCUCAAUUUCUUCUGGAUAAUAAUCACAUCGCCGCCGCCGCCGCCGGAGGAGGAGCAGGAGCUGCUGACGAAACAAUGACGGCUAAGUCGAGAGUCACCGUUGUCGGUAGUGGCAAUUGGGGAAGCGUCGCUGCCAAACUCAUCGCUUCCAACACACUCAAGCUCAAUUCUUUCCACGAUGAAGUGAGUAUGUGGGUAUUUGAGGAGACACUGCCAACUGGUGAAAAACUCUCACAAGUCAUCAAUCGAACUAAUGAGAAUGUCAAAUACCUACCCGGAGUAAAGCUUGGUAAAAACGUCGUUGCAAAUCCCGAUCUUGAAAAUGCAGUGAAGGAUGCGAAUUUGUUAGUAUUUGUGACGCCACAUCAAUUCAUGGAAGGCAUUUGUAAAAGGCUUGUGGGGAAAAUAAGAGCCGAUGCCGAGGCAAUUUCUCUAAUUAAAGGAAUGGAAGUGAAGAGAGAGGGUCCAUGCAUGAUAUCUACUCUAAUCACAGAACAGCUCGGAAUUAAUUGCUGUGUUUUAAUGGGCGCAAACAUUGCCAACGAGAUUGCGGUGGAAAAAUUCAGUGAGGCAACAGUCGGAUACAGAAAGAAUAAAGAGAUGGCUGAGAAAUGGGUUCAGUUGUUCAACACUUCAUACUUUAUGGUCUCACCUGUUCAAGAUGUGGAAGGAGUCGAACUAUGUGGGACGUUGAAAAAUGUCGUGGCUAUUGCAGCAGGAUUGGUGGAUGGAUUGGAAAUGGGGAACAAUACAAAGGCUGCAAUAAUGAGAAUUGGAUUGAGAGAAAUGAUGGCCCUUUCGAAGCUUCUUUUUCCUUCUGUCAAAGAUAGUACUUUCUUCGAGAGCUGCGGUGUAGCAGAUUUAAUCACAACUUGCUUGGGGGGAAGAAACAGAAAAUGUGCCGAGGCUUUUGCUAGGAAUGGUGGUAAGAGGUCUUUUGAUGAGCUCGAAGCAGAGAUGUUACAGGGCCAGAAAUUACAGGGAGUCUCUACUGCAAAAGAGGUUUACGAGGUUUUAAACCAUAGAGGAUGGUUGGAGCUUUUCCCACUUUUCUCGACAGUUCACGAGAUCUGCAUCGCUCGUCUCCCACCAAUUGCUAUUGUUAAUGUCAAAUUUAAAUAAACUAGAAAUUUAAUUGAGUGUCUUAUGCUAAAGUUUUAUUGUUUCUGCAAACUAAUACAAAUAGUGUCUUGUGUAAUAGUAAUUGGUAUUUUAAUUUUCAAAUAAUCUCUCUUUAUUACUCCUC